AUGGCGGCUACUGCAAUUGAGGAUGCUCGCAUACGCGAAGCCAUGGAAUAUUACCUUCUGAACCUGGCCGGCACAGUACCCCAGAACACAGUCAGGGCUUACAAACCCAAACAGCGAGAGUGGAAGGAGUGGUGCGCCAAGAACUGGGAGCCGAUCCCUGAAGAUUGGGCUACCGGACAGUCAACCUGGCCGCUAGGGCGACCACUGCCUGGCGAUCUCGUCGAUGAAGGCAAACUACUACUUUUCAUGAAGACGGAGGUCAUAAGUCGAGCACCCUGGAGAAGGCCUCGACUUCAGAAGCAGAGGAAACGCCGCUUGGAUGCUGCUGUGGCAGUAGGACAAGUUGUCGCCGCGAAACGGCGCCGGCGCGAGGAGAGCGAGACCAUCGAAGUCGCUACUGCUCCGGCGGCAGCGGUAGAGACCAAGGUCGAGGAGGAGGACGAGCCCUUGAUCGCUGCGCCGGCUCUCGAGCUCGCCUACAACUCCGUGCGUAUAUAUAUUGCAGCGAUGCAGAGGCUGUAUGACGAGCAGAAAAGCCGGCACAUUAACCCAGCGCCUCGACCACAAGGGAUAGCUCUUAAGGCUCUGAAGAAGAGUAUCCUCGCCGUCGUCUGGGCUCGCAAGCGCAAGGAGUAUUCGGACCGUCUCGAAGGGACGAUCAAAGACACUUAUACAAAGGCACAAAUUCCGCGACACCACGAGGUUGCAUGGCGAGAAGACAGUGGCGAGAUCUCGUGCCUUCUCCGGACACAGGUGGACUUUCUGUUUGGCAACCACAUGCUCCUCCGGCAGAGCAAUCGCCGGCCCAUGGAGCUCCCUGACUGCUUUCGUCUAGAGCUGCCCAACGAGGGCCAGAAGUCGAAAGAAUUUCCAACGUAUGCCCUCGUCGUCGUCAUGAACCAGGGCAAGACGAACCAGCACGGCCGGAUGGAGUAUGGCGCGGCUCUACGGCACCGCGACGCCCGUUGUUGCCUUGUCAGCGCAUUGGCCUUUUAUCUCUUUUGGCGUUGGCAGGUCGAGCAAGUAGAGCCGUUUCCCACCUUCCAGUGCAGCGAGGACUGGUACGAUAUCAAGGUCUUGCGCCGGUCGGCAAAGGAAGUGACGAAGGAGCUUUCGGCCCAGACCGCAAAUUCGUGGACGUCGAGGCUGUACGCCGCCUGUGGCAUCAGGACUUCUAAGAUUUCACAUGCUCCUCGGGUUGCAGCGGCACAAAACGCCGACAUGGACGGAGGAUCAGAAGGACAAAUACGGCGCGCGGGUAGAUGGAAUAACGGUGACCAAUUGACAGGGUGUUACCUGAACAGUUUACCCUUUGAGUUUAUGAGGUCUACGGCUGACUUUGACCCCGACUGGUCCGGGUCAUACUUCCUACCGCGGGACACCGUCAAGCCGCCAUUCGAGCUUUGUGCACGUAUCUGGCCCUCUCUCGACAGGUGGAAAGACAUAUACAAUACAGGAUCUUCGAGUAUGGAAACGAACAAGGCUACCGGCGCGUUUUUCGAGCUUCUCGACUGGUUACGAGAGGUGUUGCUACAGGACGCCGUCUUCCUCCAGAAGCUAUACCCCCGGCAUCCUCUAUUUCAGGACCCGGUCUUCCAAAGCCCACAGUUUGCAUCGUUCGCACUACAGGUCGAGAACGCCUGCCACGCGGCCGAGGAAGACAGUUAUGUGGCCACCAUUGAUCGAGCCAUCCCCGCCGUCGCCGAGAAGCUACGCGCCCUAUCGAGCCAACAGACUGCCGCGAACCUCUGGACCGAAAGGGCGUUUGUCGAGCUUAGGCAGCAGGUUCAAAGGCUGGAGAAGAAGAUGGAGGAGCUUGCCAAAGCCUCAUACACCAUUACGAUCAGCCCGGGGCGGAGUACCGUCACACAACGGGUCGAGAUGCCAAAGCGUGGGCGGCCAAGGGCGCCGGGCCGCGCGCCGACGGCGACGGCAAUGGCAACGGCGCCACGAGAUGACAGCACCGCUCCCGUUCCACCAUCUUCUUCCAAUGCAGCAGAGGCAGAGCGGGGAGCCGUUCUGCAGCCUGAUACAGCGACUCGGCUGCCGUUGCCACCAGUCGAGCCAGUCGCGCCCAGCGCGCCCAGCGUGCCCAGGUUUGAGGUCCCUUUGGAUAUUCGACGUAUCCCGGAUUUGUGGCACUUGUGGAGGUAUGGGAGGGCUGGCAUGCCUUCAGUAGAGUCACUAGAGGCCAGGUAUGGCGCUGCUUGGCGCCCCAAGUCGCAGAAGUCCGUCUUCUGCGGCCGGAAGGCAAUUGUGGACUUCAUUCUGCGCAAGUCGCGCGAGCGGGACGGCCUGCAGAGCGCGGCCGAACACGCACCACGCGUUAUUGCGCAAAUGGAGGAGCUGUGCCCCAAAUGGUCCCUCGACAAGGUGACGAAAGCUAUCAAGAACGGGGAUCUGGAGCGGAGAUGGCCGUCGGAGGCUGAUUUUAUUGCGAGAUGCGGAAAUCCCAUGGUGUUGAAUGAGCGUGAAGAGGAGCGAACUAGACUAUGGUGCCAGGCCCCUGGGUUUUUGCAAUGGGAUCUAACGGGUGGCGGUCGCGCAAUACCCAGGGCUGCGAAAAAUACAUCUCCGGAUGGUGAUAUCAAGGGCUUGGCGGGCCUCGAGUCUUUAGCGAGUAUUGCAGAAGAGUAUAUAUACACCAAUGGCCCGAUUGCUGAGCACCCUGCAUCUUUGACGGGCCGUCUUUCUUCCUACACCAUCAUCAAGGAACUGCACAAGGCCGCUGAUGAAGCCGCCGUAUACCUUGCCAGGAACCAGUGCCAUGAGAAAUGCAUCGUCAAGAGCAUCCGGGGACACUGGCGGCUGCAAAACGAAGCCGACAUCCUCAAGCGCUACCAGUCCAAGAUCCCGUUCCUUCGUCCCUUGAUUGACGAGAUCCAAGAGCCGACCGACCCACCUUCCAUUGUUCUGGGGUACUUAGACAGCGAUGUCCUAACGGAAUCGGACAAGAAAAGGUUGUCUCGUCCCGAGAUCAAACAAGUAGCCAAAUGUGUUCUCGAAGCCCUUCGUGUUCUCCACAAGGAUGGCAUGGUUCAUACAGGCGUGGUAUCCCAAGAGUCCAAAUUUGCGAAGGAGGGACACAUUAUUGGCGCCGCUUUCACCCGCAGUCCAGAAGCCAUGUUCCAACUACCCUGGGGCACCGCCACGGAUAUUUGGUCCUUUGGCAACGCUAUACUCAGUCUUCUGUUCGGUGGUGGCUACCAUCUAUUCAACCCCCAAAUUGAUAGAGUUCCUCCCGAGGACGAAGACUACGAGCUCACUGUUUUGAAACGGAUGUAUCGGUUCUUUGUCCCAUAUCCACAGGCCUACGAGAGUUUCAAUGACCCGGACACCAUUGCGACCAUCAACUUCAUCAACCAUUAA